UGCACAAGAAGUUUCAAAUCAGAAUUAAUCUAAUGUAAAUGGCUCAAAAUAAUGCACGCGCUCUCUUACCGCAAAUAAAAAAAUGUAAAUGUACGCGAAAACAUACCACGCAAAAGCACGGCUACAAAUAAACACGCGAACAACAAACAUCAAGUCUCCUUCUGCUUCAAAAAUUUAUGAAUGAAAAAUUUCAGAUUUGGAUUACUUGAUUUUAACGAUUAAUUAACUUUUUCUAUUUAUUCUUAUCUAAAAAUACUUGGUUAUUUCAUCAUUUACUUUGUGAAUGAUACGUAAGAAUCGAGCAUGGUGCAAUUUCCAAACCGAGAACUAUGCAAAAGCAAAACAGACUAAAAAUAUAUCAGUCGACAGAAAAUUUGAUUAAAAAAAACUGUCAUGGAGCCUUGAAGUUCGAGAUCUAGCUACUUGUUCUUGUUUUACCUCAUAAAAUCACCUUGCUGAAAUCCAUUCUGUUGAUCGUUGUAAAUUUUGUAUUCAUUUAAAUAAUUAAUUCGGAAAGAAAAUGCGAACUGUCCAAAAAAAAUUAAUUUAUUCAAAAUAACUUCUGUGAGCUUUAUGAUUGAUCUAGUGAUAAUUUGUAAGAUUCUGUAAGUUUCGAGUUAAAAUGUCGGUGUCAACGACAACAACGGAAUGGUUCGCUGCACCCUAUCUGGACGAGGAAGGUCAGAGGAACUACAAACCCCUAGAUCGGGACAUCUUGCAGCUUCCAGUAAUAGUAUCUCUACAAGGCGCGCUGGAACUGGUAAACAUGAGUGACGAGGAUGCUCGAAAAGGUACCUACACUCAAGAUAACAUCCCCACAAUAGAACUGGACGAAAACCCAAACUACGAAGCAAUGACGCACGAACAGAAGUUAAACUCUCUGAGCGUGGAAGUUCGCAUCUUGAACGAGGGCGUUUUAGCUUUACGGGAGGCCACCUACUACCCUACUUUCUUUUCAGCCCCAAUAAUAACGGGCUGCUCAAUUAAUAACUUCUACGACUAUAGUAUCAUAUCUAUACACUAUUACAUUCUUCUGCGCAAACAUAAUAACCGAGAAGGAAGAGUGACAAGGUACCGAUACUUCCGAGACGCUCCCGACAGGAGACGUGCCUUGAACAACUUCUACAAAGCCAUUCAGUUGUUAAUACGAGGCAGAGAUUUGAGUGUCAUCAAAAACAUAGAGACACACGAGUGGAAACCCGAAAAAGUACUAGUGAUGCUCAACCCGAGAAGUGGAUCCGGAAAGAGCAUGAAAGUAUACGACCAGUUGGUGUCCAAGAUGUUACGACAAGCUGCGAUGGAAGCGAAGCUAGUUGUGACGUCAUAUAAGAACCACGCGAGUGAGUACGCACUUCGGGAACGACUGGACAUAUACGCCGCAAUUCUUCUAAUCUCGGGCGAUGGACUCUACCACGAGUUCCUCAGCGGCAUGAUGGAACGACCCGACAGACAGGAAGCGGGACGGGUGCCGGUGUCGAUUGUUCCGACCGGCUCAAACAAUACCCUAGCUGGGUCGGUGCUGAAAAGUAGAGGCGAACACACGAAGAAGAAGUACGCAGCCGCCAACUGUAUGUUUGCCUUCAUCAAGGGACAGCGACAGGCGUGCGAUGUCGUCCAAAUACGCAGUAGCAACCUCGUCUUCUACUCAGGCCUGUACUACACGUGGGGGAAUUUGGCAACUAUCUAUGACAACAGUCGAAAACUAGCUGUACUCGGAGGUCUCCGACUCGUACCCUGGAUCCUCAUCAAACUCAUCCGCAACAAGGGCACCUAUGGACGCCUAUGGUAUCGACACGCCUCCGCGGACCCAGGCAGCGAGCUAGUAGAAUUACAGAAUACCUGUUUCAGCGUAUUCCUUAUUUGCAACGUCAGUAACAUCACUUACAAAGUUACAGCAUGUGAUGUGCAACCAGGGUCCGGAAAAGCAGUGCUCUGCUACGUGAAAUACCCAAUUAGCCGAAAAAAGCUUUGGAACCUGCUAAGUCAGGUGAGACGUGGCGAGAAUCCGUCGGCUUCGCAUGAGUUCGAGACGAUACCGAUUCAAGCGUGCGUGUUUGAGCCGAGAAGACGCGACGCCGGAGUCGCACUAUGCGACGGGGAGGAGUUGCCGACCUCCAAAAUUGAAAUGGGAGUGUUGCCAAAGUUUGCAUGCUUAAAAUUUUGACGAGAAUUCUUGUCUUUGAAUUGUCAUAUAAUAUUUCCAUAAUUCAGAUAGACCAAUUUCUAUUGUAAUAA